UUAGGCCAGGACAGGGGUGCAGCAACGCCAAAGGGCCAAAAAUUUCGACCAAAAGAGGAUGGAAGAACGACUUACUGUUACUGUAUCUUCCAGGUUCAAGCUGUUGGUGUCAGCAGUUCCGGUGUGUGGUGAGAAAGUGAGCGGUCAUCCGGCAGCUCUGCAUCUAGCUUGUGGACAACCCAACUCACUUAGAUUUCUACUGUCGAGACAAGUUCAACAAGUUCAUGCAGAAGUUGCAAGUCCUGAUGCUAGUUCAAGCUGAGGGUUUAAUAUCGUCUCAGUUUCUAGACCAGUAGUCACCUGUGUCCCUUUUGAGCCUAUUCUUUUCUUGUUUCUUGCUUCUUUUUUCUUUUUUUCCCCUUCAACACGAGCCAGCAUGGCUGCGCCGCCCGACCUGAGAGUGCUCUGCCGCAGGUUGGCUUCCACGCCAGCCGACGACCUCCCGCGGCUCUGUCCGCUGCUCGUCAGCCAUGUGCUGCGCUGCGGCGGGCCCCUGUCUGCACCCUCCGAUGUCAAGGCCAAGGACAAGUCGGCAGAGACGCCGAUGCUGGUCCACAAGCUCCGAACACACAUCACGACGCUCCUGACUGGCAAGAACGCCUCGGGACGCUUCGCCGCUGUGUGCUUGGUCAAGGCGGUCAUCGACGUGGGAGGAUGGGAGAGCCUGCGGACAGCAGACGCCUGGCUCAGGGGCUUGAUUGGGGCGCUGCAGAAACCUGACCCCCUUGCCUCGAAAGAGCUCAGCAUCGUCACCCUGACCAAGAUGUACAUGCUGCUCCAGGCGUACCCGACUCUGGUGCGAGAGAUGGCCACCCCGACCGUCCCGGAUUUCGUGAAAGCCUGCUUGCAGCUCAUCAGACCCCCAGCCUCGGGCAGGCCGCGGAAGGUCCCGGCAGCCUUUGUCGACACUGUCGCUAGCUCCUUAUCCAAGCUCGUCGUGCUCUACCCGACCACGCUGCGGCCCCUAGCCGCCCAGAUGAAGGCUGCUUUGCGGCCAUACGUCGCUCCCACUUCCUCAGAUGCCGCGGUCGUCCCCAGGAGCCUCAGGGAGAGUUCGCGCCGGCUGUUUGUUCUCCUGUCUUACACGGCACCCAAGAACGGCAGCAGCGAAGAAUGGGCCCGGGCGAUCCGGGCCACCAUCCUAGAUGCCCACGCCACCGUUGAUCAGGUGUUCCGGGCCGUGGUCGAGUCCUGGGAGUCUACAACGGGCCACCGACCCCAGGCGGCCCACACCGGCGCGGAUCCUUCCGGGGGAGGCGACGCGGCCGAGGAACUCCCUCCAUGGACUGGUGUCGCAGCGGGCGCCGACAGACUCAUCGGCCUUUUAGAGUUCCUGGCCGACUACUUCAACAGCCCCACCAAAGCGCCCGUCACAGUCCCGCUCGGGGAAGUCCUGGACCUGACGGCGAGGAUAACGCUCGUGACGCCGCCAUCGUCCGGCGCGGAGGACUCGGUCAUCACCAACCCCGCCAUCGGGCGAGACGAGAAGGCCGAGCUAUGGAGUGUUCUCCCAGACAUCCACAAUUCUGUUUUGCGCCUUCAUCAUGCCGUCAUCCGCCGACUGAGAGAAAACGCGGUCCCCCUCGCAACCGACAUCCUCGACCAAGUAGUUCGCGUCUCCGCCGCCAGCCGCCACGUUCUUGCCACACGCGAGACUGCGUAUAGCCUCACAAAGGAACUUCUCCUCCUCUCUGGUCCAACCCUCCCGAAACUCACAGUCGACUCCCUCACCGCGCUCAUCCAGUCCGCCUGCCAGGACAUCCUCCUUGCAGCAGGCCGCUUGGAAGACAAGCCCGCCGCAGAAGACACCAAGCCAACCACAAAUGGCAAACGACCAAAAACCAAUCCUAACGCCAUCGCCUCCACCAACGCAGACGCCUACCUCCCCAGUGCCAACGCCAACACCACCGGUACUUCCUCAUCAGCAACGUCUUUCUCCCCGCUCUCCACAUCCCACCAACAAGCAGCCACAUCUCUCCUGCCCCUCUUCCUCUCCCACCUGCCCCAAUCCCACCUAGCCCCGGAAACAAGAGGCCUGCUCGACCGCACGGCCAUCCUGUCCGACAGCAAGGAGGCCAUGCUGGCGAGCUGUCUGCACCCGUACAAGGAUUCGCGCGGGCGUUACUACCCCAGCAUCUUGCCCUUCCUGGUCAGGAGGUACCCCCGCGAUCAGGGGGUCGAGGUGCUCAGGAGUAAUCUCAUUCGCAUACGUGCGCAACAGGGUGGUGGCGAUCAACUCAUGGACGGGAGGUGGGAGGAUGAUCACGAUCAUGAUCAUGAUCGUGAGGAUGGUGGCGGUAUCAACGCUCAUCCGAGGGAUGGGUUGAGAGAGCUGCUUCUGCGUGCUGCACCUGUGCCCAUGGAGACAGGGGGUGAGGAGGUCGAGGAGGAAAGGGAGCAGGAAGGCAGGGAUAAAGAGAAGAAGAAAAAGAGAAGCGGUACUGCUUGGAGGGUCGAUAUGGAUGUUGACGAUGCUCCGCCCGCGCAGACAGUGCCUGAGACCACAGAUCCCUUCGCAGCGGUGACUGCCACCGCAGGCCACGAAGAGCCCGAGCGGGGACCAGCGCGGCCCGCGUCGUCGCUCAAGCGAAAGAGUGAACCGGUUGAGGCUGAUACCGGCAAUCCGCCCAAGCGAGUUGACACGGGCAAGGCGGCGGUUGCCGUCAUGCCCCAAGCCAAGCCAGCAUCGGAGCAAAGCGGUCAAGAAAGCGGCGAUGAGAGUGACAGCGACGGAAGCGUCCAGAUCGAUAUGACCUUGGAUGAUGAUGACGACGAGGAGGAGGACGAGAACGAUGGAUAAGGCGUCGAAAUCUUGUACGU